GAUCAGAUUGAUUGCUACUUUCAUUCGUGAUUUCGUGUUCGUCACCAUGCACACUCACAACUUUUUGAUACUACCACAUGUGCUCUUGAUAUUUUCAACAGCGGAUGCUUACUUUGGUUACGGUGUGGUUCGUUGCCUGUUUACUUCUAAAGAUGAUGUUGUUUAUCUGGCACAAGUCUACUUGAAUAAGAUGCUUCUGGGCCAGUACAACAGCUCUUUGGGGAAAUAUGUCGGCUACACAGAGAAAACUAAAGAAAUUGCAGAUAAUCUCAACAAAAACAAAGGUUUCCUGGAACAUGAGAAAAAGAACAAAGAGAAGUGCAGAACUAACAUCCCACUCGUGUUGGACAUUCUUUCAAGACCAGUGAAGCCCAGUGUCAGGCUGAGGUUAGUUGAGUCAGCAGACAGCAAACAUCCAGGCUUGUUCAUGUGCAGCGCGUACAACUUUUAUCCCAAACAAAUCAAACUGACGUGGCUGAGGGACGGAAAGGAGGCAACAUCUAAUGUGACGUCCACUGAUGAACUACCCAACGGAAACUGGCUCUACCAGAUUCACUCCUACAUCGAGAUUUCAUCAAAACCUGGAGAGAAAAUCAGCUGCGUGGUGGAGCAUGCCAGCCUCACAGAGCCCAAGGUUAUUGACUGGGUGCCAAUAACUGAAGCAGGGAAGAAUAAGAUUGCUGUUGGUGCAGCAGGGCUGCUGCUGGGUUUGGUGUUUCCAAUUAUUGGAGUAAUUUUCUACAAGAGGAAGACCACAGGCCUAUCUGACUGAAAUAAUGGAAAAAAUGAGGUUCAAGGUGGAUUAAAUGCCCUGCAACAGGCUGGUGACCUCUCCAGGUACCCUACCUCUCACCCCGUGACACCUGGGCUCCAGCCCCACCACCACUCUGAAGUAGUUAAGCAAUGGAAGGAUGGAGAUUAAAUCAGACUUUUACACUCAGAUUGAAAUGCAUAAAAUUAUUUAUGUUUUUUUUUUUUUUUAAAUAAUUUUAAUGACUGAACAUUGUGAAUUUGUGAGUUAAUAAAAGAUGUCCUUACUUUGGCCACUGAAGUUGGUCAGUUAAAAAAUAUUCAGGAAGAAAACAGAUGAAGUUUGUGACUUGUUGUUAUUGUUAUUCAUAAUCUCAUAUGCUGUGGCUUACACUAGUGUUAAACGAGUGAGGUGAAGUUUCAGGGAAAAGUUAACAGUUGUGACUUUUAUGAACCAUCACUAUAAAUUAAAAAAGGCAAGUUGAACUUUUAUAUUUGCAUUUAUAUUAUAUUUAUAUAGUUCAUUAAUUUAUGUAGAUGUCCCUGUGCUGUAAAUGUUCUUGUCAGUGACGUCGCUGUAUUGAA